CACUUCGCGGCAGGGCCAGUCCCAGCCCGGCAGUCGGUCGGUCAGGAUGUCGCUCUCGGACUCUCCGCCGCGCUGGGCCCCGACCCAUGUACAGGUGACGGUGCUGCGGGCCCGGGGGCUGCGGCCCAAGGCCAAGGGGGCCGGCGGCGGCAGCGACGCCUACGCGCUGAUGGCGCUGGGCAAGGAGAAGUUCGCCACCUCGGUGUCGGAGCGCUGCCUGGGCGCACCCGUCUGGCGCGAGGAGGCCACCUUCGAGCUGCCCCCGCGCCGGCCCGGCCACGGCGGCGAGCCGGCCCUGCAGCUCACCGUGCUCCACCGCGCCCUGCUCGGCCUCGACAAGUUCCUGGGGCGGGCCGAGAUCCGCCUGGCCGAGCUGCAGGAGGAGGGCGGCCGCCGCAGCACCCGGUGGUAUAAACUUCACUCCAAACCAGGCAAGAAGGAAAAAGAGAGAGGAGAGAUUGAGGUGGAUAUUCAGUUCAUGAGGAGCAACAUGACAGCCAGCAUGUUUGAUUUAUCCAUGAAAGACAAGUCCCGGUCUCCAUUUGGCAAGCUGAAAGGCAAACUCAAAGGAAAGCGGGCCAAUGGACUGCCUGACACGGCAUCAGCCAUCAUUCCCAGCAUAACUCACUCACCAGCUGAUAGUGAAGAGGAAUCACCUGAGAGAGAAAAGAAAAAAUCCAAGAUCAAAACCCUGUUUUCUAAACCUGGUUUGCAGAAAACCUCCAUCUCCCAGUCCAUGUCAGUUUUACCUGCUUUUCAGCCAGUGACAGAGAAAGUUAGGCUUAAACCUGGUGACUUUCAGUCAAAGUGGGGGGAAGAUGAUGAUGAUGAGUCCUUUCCUCCAAAUUCAGAAAAGGCCUUUGGAAACAAACCUGAAGAUAACUUACUUCAUGCUCCUGUACUCAUGGCUCAUAAAAGAACAGCAAGUGCAGACAAUAAGCAACUAAACGAAAUAACCUCCAGCAACACGAAGAAAGAAGGACUUUCCUUAUUCAGUGGCCUUAAAUCCAAAAAUGAUCCCGCAGUCCGAUCCAACGUGUGUAUCAAUGGCAAUCAUGUUUAUCGGAAGGAAAGUGAAACAAAAAAAGAAACCAUGCCAAAGGACAACACUCCUUCCUCUUCCCCUCAAACAUUCAGGAAAAACCAGCUCUCUGAAUCAGAAGAAAACCCAUCUUCAAAAUCCACUAAGGAACAUGAAAAGACAGGAAGAAUGUCUCCUAGCAGAGGUUUCUCUGGGUCACACUCAUUGGAGUCGUUUAAGUCUAUGACCCUACCAUCAUACAAACUACUUAGCGGUGGAGAUUUACUGGGAAAUAGUGCUUCACUGAGUUUAGAAACUGCAGAAGAAGAAACUAAAGAGGACAAAAAACAAGAGAACAAGAAGUCUGCUUUGUUAUCUCUAGUCACAGGAAGAAAGGAAGUAGUGAAAAACGAUGUAGAAAACAUGUCUGAUACGACUUUGAAGGAGAGAGAAGUCAAACUUCUUGAAGACAAAAAGAAUGAAAAAGAGGUAAAACCUGUUGAAAUCCCUAAGGACUACAACCAAGAAAGUACUCCAAAAAACAGCAACACAGCAGAUGUCCCCAGAAACAAGAAAUCACAUAACCCCUUUGAUGAAUCGCUCAUGGAAGAACAGAAACCAGACAAGUCUGCAGUCUCUUCAAGGACAAUCCAAACCAAAGCUGUCAAACCUAGACUGGGAGUGUCUUCAGAGGAUGAAACCGAAGCCACGCUUCCUACUUCUAUAUCUGAUUCCCUUCCUGCUUUCCUUUCUGCACGUCAUUCUAGUAAUGACAAUAACCCUUUCACUUCUAAAUUGAGACAAAAAUUUAAAGCACGAGACUCUGGUAGCCCUCUUCCUCCAUCACUCAUUUCUGGACAACGUUCUAAUGAUGGUAACCCUUUCAUUUCUGACUGGGAACAGGAAUCCAAAGCACAAGACUCUGAAAACUUUAGUAGUCCUCUCUUGUAUUUCCCCCAUCCUCCUGCAACUCUGGGGCAUGUUUCUCCUCCUCUUCUUUCUACUCACCUUUCUAUUGACAACCCUUUUGUAUCUAAACUGGGACAGGAAUCAAAAGUGCAAGACCUCAAAAACUUUACUAGUCCUCCCUCUUUCUCCCUUCCUUCUGCUGUUUCUAGCAAAAGCUAUUGUUCCUCUGCAAUAAACUUUGCUGAUUCGGAGCACCCCGCUUUUGUUUCUUCAGAGGAGUCUCAGAAUGAAAGUUUGACUAAUGAUACAAAUACUGUAUCAAAUUCUUUGGGGUCACUGUCUGAGUCUCCUCCUCUACCUGUGUAUGAAAGGGUUGGGCAGACCCCAAGGAAACAGUGUGAUGUCAAAGAGGUACAGAUAGUAUCACUGGAUAAAAAAAAUAACAGUGGCUUUAAGAAAUCUGUGACCUUUCAUCUUGAUGAGUUGGAAAAUAUUGAUUCCAGCAGAAAUCAUGCUGAGACUUUAGAUAGAGAGCAGUGUGAGAGAUGGCAUCCUGAUCAAUGUGAAGAAAUGUUCACUACUGAUCCAACCGUAAUAGAAAAGAGACAAGGGUUUGCCUCUGUGCUGGGUAUGGAGUGCUACUCUUCAUCUAAACUCUGUGAUGAAAGUGGGAGCUCUGCUCAGAACAAUGAGAGCACUGUUCAGGAAGACGUUGAAACCCGCAGUUCAGGUGCUGAAACCUGGAUGAAAGAUGGCAAAGAACUAACUUCUCUCUCCAAGUCUAAUUAUAGCCUUUCACCUGGGAAUGCUGUAAAACAGCCAUCUUCUGCUGAAAGCAAAUUAAGUGAGGAGCAAGAACUACAUAGUGGAAAGAAAAGUAAGAAUUCACUCAAAAUGGAAGAAUUUGGGCUCACAUUAGAGUCCAAGGUAACUCAUGCCAUCAAAAGUGACUCUUCAGUUCAAGUAGAGCUGCCAAAACCAACUCCAAGAGUUCACAUGUUGCUCCCUAAGGACCCUAACAAGUCAGAGGAUGUUAGUGAGCUCAAUCCUCUAUUUGCAAAGCCAAAGCCUACCCCAAGAAAUACUGUAAAACCAAAUAAGUGUGCACCUGUUUCUCUGACUGGUAUACUGAAAGAUGAAGAGCUGCUUACUCCAUCUGACAGCACAAUGUCUGGGUCUGGAUUUGUGUUUCAUAGAGAGAAUCCCAUGAACCCACAUGAAAACCCAGCCGGUGACAGCUUAUUAAAAACAGCUACUCUGUCAACUACACAUCAUCUUGACAGAGAUGAUAGCAAUAAUGGACACUUAAAACACAAAAGUUAUGGUCAUGAUGAUUCAUUAUUUGACUCUGGAACAGCCCUGAAGUCUGCCAUUCCAGUUACUGGAGAUCAGAGUCUAACACAUGUUGGCCUUCCAGUUAUUCCAGAAGUAGGAUCAGAUGAUGAGCUUCUAGACAGCUAUCAAAAGAACAAUGAAAUGACUGCAAUUUAUAAAAGUUUUCCAAAUACUGAAAAUCAGUGUAUAGGUUCAUUGUCUGUCACUGAGGAAGAAAAACUCAGUUCAGAUAUGAGCUCUACUGAUAGAGCAAGUAUAUUGUUUCAGAAGGGAGAAGGUGGCCCUGAAGAUGCUUGUAAAUCUAGCAAAUCAUCCAAACUAAAUUCAGUAGUAGACAUUCAUAGUGCAAGCAGCAAGACUAGUGAGUCAGGUUUAGAUAUGUUUUAUCCCAGUGAGCAUGGGUGUGUUGAGGAACAGGAACUGAAGGAAUCUAGCAGUAUUAAGGAAAGAAGGAAGAGUGAUUUUUUUGAGCCCUCUGAAAAGUCUGUUUCUUUUACCUCCCUGUCCAGUUCUUCCCAACUCUCCCUUUCCUCUAGUUCCCCCCAAUCUGGCGCUUGUGACAGUAGUAGAGCAGAAUCAGUGAAAAAGCCACCAGCAGAGAGCUUCAGUCAUAAAGUCGAAAAUGCUGGCAAGAAGAAGCUGCUUCAGGCAUGGGUUUCACCCUCUGAGACACUUCCCAAUCAAACACAACAGAGGGGUGGAAGUGUGUCUGUUAAGAACAGACCUCAUCCUGUGAAGCCAAUGAACACCACAGCAAAUAAGUCGCAUCCUAAAAGUUUGACCACAGCCACAAAAAUGGAUGAAAACUGGACUGAGAGCAAUAGAAAGAAAUAUGAUCCUUCGGAACCUGCCUAUGCUUAUGCUCAAUUAACACAUGAUGAGCUGAUCCAGCUGGUGCUGAGACAGAAGGAUACCAUUACAAAGAGAGAUCUCCAGGUGCGGGAGCUAGAAAACUACAUUGAUAACUUGCUUGUCAGAGUCAUGGAAGAAACCCCCAACAUUCUUCGGGCUCCAUCUCCAAAAAAUAUGGCUGGAAGGAUGUAAAACCUCUGCCAGUAAACCUGAAUAAAGAACUGGACUCCCAUCUUGUUACUCAAACUUCACAGGGAGAUAAUGUGAAGUUCCUGAUGUUCUGGUACUGCUGCCUACAAAAAAAAAAAAUCACCUUUCUGUGUCUCUUGCAAAAAGUUGAUUCCACUUAUCUGGAGACUAGUUAAUAAUUAUACCAGGUCUUGAAUACGUAAGCCAAAAAUACAAUAGUCAGAAGUCUUCCACCUUUCUUUCUGGUACACUGUAAAUAUUUUACCACCACCUGGGAGGCAUUGUUAAAGAAUGUAAUCAGAGGCCUGAGAUUCAUGUGGCUGUGAAUGUUUAAGCCGUUUUUCUCAGUGAGGCACUGAUGGUUGUUGGCUUCUGAGCUUUAUUUUAUUAAUAUUGGGAGUUUAGCUUAAGGGUUGGUGUUUUUAAAAACUGAACCGUGUUUCUCAGACUUUAAGAACAACAGUUGUUCUUAAUUCUAAGACUUAAGUUGUAGUGCAAUAUAAGCCAUCACAUACACUAAUUCAAGGAUUUGAUUGCUUUGUUCAAAUAAUUAUAUUACAUAAGUUGAAAUGCACUCCAGAAAGAGGUUUGGUAACCAUAAGUUUCCUUAUUGUAAAAAAUGUAAUGCCCUUUAAAUAUGCUGUAAAAUUGGAGGGCCUUUAAAUCUACAUGAAAAUGUGAUUGUACUAAUGAAGUGUCUACAUCUCAUUUUGGGAAGGGAAAUGCAGAGCCUGUGUAAACCUAGUGUUGAAAAAUUUCAAAGCAGUGCUCUGAGCAGGAUCUUAUGGCUGCUUUAAUAUAGCAAAAAUCAAACAAAGAUAUAAUUGCCAUUUGACUACGUGAUUAAAAAACAGUUACAGAUUUUAGAUAAUAUAGUGAUCUGAAUUAGAAGCUGUUUUGUUUCAUAGCCAUCAUAAUCCUGAUUUGAAGGUUCUUGUUCAAACUAGGGGGCAGACAACUCCCAUACAGUUUACUCGGUAUCCUGUAUAAACAUGCGUGCACCUGUUUCCUUCGUGGUACACAUGCUUAGUUUGUUUAUAUUGCUAUGCACAGCAAGUCGUAAUGACUUUUCUGUUGUGCCACUCAAGAUCAUAAAUUUUUUAACAUGCUGUAUUUGGGAAACUAGGACCUACAGUAUGGAACAACUGUCCAAGUUGAUCCAUAUGGAACAUCUAAAUUUUGUGUGUGUGUGUGAGAGAGAGAGAGAGAGAGAGAGGGGUGUGUGUGUGUGACCUGGGUCUCUUAGUAAAGGAGCAUUCAAUUGGUGGCUUUUAAAAAUUGAUCUGGUUUCCAGUAAUAAGAUUUGAGGUUGAGAAUGUUAGAACAGGUUUUAUUUUAAAUGUAAUCAGAAGACAUUGUGCUGCUGUUUUCCAAGAUAAAUCAGAUACCUCUGUCUGAAUCUUUUGCCGUAGUCUGCUGUAACUAUGGGGUUUGCCAUGGGACAGGCAUUUUCUGUUUAUAUCGGAUAGCAAACAGCAAGACACUCGCAAACAAUCAUUUUAGUAGGCUCACUUCAAAUCAUUAUUUUAUGAUAGUGUUGAUAGGAAUUGUCAAUAAAAUUUAGCACUUGAUGGAAAGUUGUGAUUGGAUUCAACAGUAACUUACAUCUACAUUUAGUGUUGGGGCUGAAGUGUGGCAGGCUCUCAGUUUUAACAGCUCUGUGCUCACUGCUCUCGAAUUAACUUCUUGAAGGCAGAGUGAGGAUCCAUGAUACAAUAUUAAAGUACUUUGGAUAAUCUGUUUUAACAUCUAGCAUGUAUUGUGAAGCAAAAAAAAAUAAAAAUAAAACAAACUCUACCCUUUAUCAAGGUGAAAGGGUCCAUUAAGUCUUCCCUAAAGUUCUGAGUGAUUAAUUUCACCUAUAGUUUAGGAGGGCACAGUUUGUCACAGUAUUCUUUUCAUUAGAGCACUUUAAUGAGAGGUGAGACUAGUUGAAUUUCCUAUUAGCCUUUUAAUAGUCUAUUGCCUUAUAUUUAAUAUUUUCACAAAACACUGGAGACCAUUGUAAACUUCUCAGAUCCUGUAUUUUUGUAGUGAAGUAUAAUUUAAUCUAUUUACAUAGAAGAAAUCAAUGUUUACUGGGAUUGUAUAUAAAUAUAUAUACUGUUAUGUGCAUUUGUUAUUUUGUGAUUGAUUAUGUGAUUAAAAAGUGUAGGGCGGUUAAGUUUUGCCUAUCAUACAACUUUUCUUCAAGGGAAGCUAUACAUGAAAUAAUUCGUAAUAUUACGAAAGAAAGGUUUAAGAUGUAGUGUUCCUUUCUAGGACCACAGGUACAUAGUAGCAAUGAGUGUUUGAGCAGAUGACUUCAGUUAAGGGGUAAUUUUCAGUGUCCCAGAUCCCAUAAGUGGAGUGGCUUGUGCUGAAUUUUUUAGCAGAAUCUCUUGAUUUUGUUUGUAUAUAUUUAAUUUGCAUGGAACUAGCUAUCUUCCACUGAAAAUGACUGCUGCUUGUGCCUUGCAAUAGUGAGGAAGACGAAACAUUAAUUUCAGUUGCUUCUAUCCCCCUUGAUGUUUCUAUGGAGAGGAAAUUGUUGUUUGCACCUCCCUAAACAGUUUUUUGCCUUCAGGACUUGAUUCCAUAGCUUACCAACAGCUUUCUGGUUGUAUGAGUGCUGUGGAGAUCUCUAUUUUUUAGUGCCUUUGAGCAGUGGCUCAGCAGUCUGCAUUUGAAACUGCUAUCAUCAUAAUGGUUGGACUUGCUUUUAUACUCGGAACUAAUCUGAAUGAAUCCAAUGAUAUGAAGUGAUUUUUACUAGCCUGAUUUUAAAUGGCUGUCCUUCUGCUCUGGAGUUAAGGUACUACACCACCAACAGCUGAAGCCAUUGUUUGUAAUGCUGCACCUGCUGCUUGAGGGAUAAAUACUUUACAAAAAUGUUUAUCAUUAACCAAAUGUAUUCUUAUCUUGGGAAAACUUAAACCCUGUGGUUUUAAUAUUUGCUGAUAACGUUCCACUUAAGGUUCUAACAUUCUACUUCCAAGAUGGGACUAUAGAAUUUUGAUAGGGUUUUUCUCUUUUUGGUCAUCUUUUAUACCAGUUACACUUGGAGUCUGUCUGUCUGUUGGACAAAAGGUUAGCUGGCUGCUCUUACGCAAUGAGGCUUGAUCUCUUGGUUGCAUGUGGUAAGUCUCAUUUAUUGGUGAGAUUUGCACACUGCCAGGAGAGAGUGGUACUUUACAGGCCACACUUCUUCUUCAUUAGCUGUGAAAAUGUUGCACAAUCUUAUUGUACCUCAAUUUUUUUUAUUGGCAAUGCUGUUUUUGAAGUGUUUUGACAUAGAAGAACUGGAAUUUUUAUUAAGAAAGGUACUUAAUUUGAGUACUUACGAGAUUAAAGCUUGUUUGUCAAGCCCCUGUACAGUUGCUUAAUGAAUGUUUAAUAUUGAAGGAUCCAAAUGUAUUUUUAUGUUUAUAUUUUCUGCUUUGUUUGUCUGGGUACUUUUUUUUCUUUUUCGUUUUUAAAAAUGACAUUCACUCUUAUGGAACACUAAAAUAAAAUUUUUAAUUCAG